AUGAGGAAUCUUUCCAUUAAGUUGAGAAUUUUAGUUGCUAUAUUUGUUUUGGUGCUGGAGUUAGUUGACUGUCAAAAUAUAAAAAGACGUGAAUUACAUGUACAAUUUAGAGGUAGUGGGAGUACCCGAGGAGGUGGACUUGUUAGAGGGGGAUAUAAAAUUGGUGGAGGAUAUCAAAUUGGAGGAGGAAUUGGCGGUAUAGGUGGAGGAGUUGGUGGAGGGUUAGGAGGUAAGGCCGGAGGAAGCGGAACCGGUGGUGUUGGAGGAAGUGCGGGUGGUGGUGCUGGAGGAAAAGCAGAGGGUGGUAAAGGAGGAAGCAUAAGCGGCGGUUUUAGAGGAAGCACUGAGGGUGGUGCUGGAGGAGAAUAUGGCAAUAAAGGUGGUAAAGUUAGUGGUGUUGGUGAAGGAAUAAGAGGUGGUGCUAGAGGAAGUGCAAGUAGUGGUGUCAAAGGAAGCGUCAAAGGUGGUGUUAUAGGAAGUGCAAGUGGUGGUGUCGAAGGAAGCAAAAGUAGUGAUGCCGGAGGAAAAACAAAGGGUGGUGUUAGAGGAAAGGCAACGAGUGGUGCCGGAGGAAGCGCAUGGGGUGGUGCUGGAGGAAGUGGAGGCGGUAGUGUCGGAGGAAAAACAAAGGGUGUUGCCGAAGGAAAUGCAACGAGCGCUGCCGAAGGAAGUGCAAUGGAUGGUGCUGGAGGAAGUGCAGGCGGUAGUGUCGGAGGAAAAACAAAGGGUGGUGCUGAAGGAAAAGCAACAAGCAGUGUCAGAGGAAGUACAUGGGGUGGUGCUGGAGGAACUGCAGGCGGUAGUGUCGGAGCAAAAACAAAGGAUGGUGCUGAAGGAAAAGCAACAAGCAGUGUCGGAGGAAGUACAUGGGGUGGUGCUGAUGGAAGUGCAAGAGGUGGUUUCGGAGGCAAAAUAAAAGGUGGUGCCGGAGGAAAAGCAACGAGCGGUGCGGGAAGAAGCACGAGGGGUGGUGCUAGAGGAAGUGUAGACGGUGGUGUCGGAGGAAAAACAAAGGGUGGUGCUGAAGGAAAAUCAACAAGCAUUGUCAGAAGAAGCGCAGGGCGUGGUGUUAGAGGAAGUGCAAGUGGUGCUGUCGGAGAAAAAAUAAAGGGUGGUGCCGGAGGAAAAGCAACGAGCGAUGUUCGAGGAAGCGCAGAGGGUGGUGUUGGUGAAAGUAUUGGCGGUGGUGUUGGAGAAAAAAUAAAAGGUGGUGCUGGAGGAAAAUUAACGAGCAAUGCCGGAGGACGCGUAAGAGGUGGUGCUAGAGGAAGUGCAGGGCAUGUUGUCGAAGGAAAAACAAAGGAUGGUGCCGAAGGAAAAGCAACGAGUGGUGCCGGAGAAAGCGCAGGGGGUGGUGCUGGAGGAAGUGCAAGCGGUGGUAUCGGAGGAAAAAUAAAGGGUAGUGGCAGAGGAAAAGCAAAAGGUAGUGGUAUUGGAGGAAGUGCAGGCAAUAGUGUCGGAGGAAGCGCAUGUGGCGGUAUCGGCGGAAAAACAAAGGGUGGUUCCAGAGGAAAAGCAACAAGUGGUGCCAAAGGAAGCGCAGGGAGUGGUGCUGGAGGAAGUGCAAGUGGUGUUGUCAGAGGAAAAACAACGAGUGGUGCCAGAGGAAGUGCAGAGGGUGUCGUUGGAGGAAGUGCAGGUGGUGGUUUCGCAGGAAGCGCAAGCAGUAGUGCUGGAGGAAAAGCAACGAGUGGUGUCGGAGGAAGCGCAAGGGGUGGUGCUAGAGGAAGUGCAGGUGGUAGUGUUGGAGGUAGCACAAGUGGUGAUGCUGGAGGAAGAACAAAGGGUGGUGCCGGAGGAAAAACAGCAAGUGGUGUCGGAGGAAUCACAAGGGGUGGUGCUAGAGGAAGUACAAGCAAUAGUGUCGGAGGAAAAGUAACGAGUAGUGCCGGAGGAAGCGCAAGAGGUGGUGCUGGAGGAAGUACAAGCAGUGGUGUUAAAGGAAGCAAAUAUAGUAUUGUCGGAGGAAAAACAAAGGAUGGUUCCGGAGGAAAAACUACGAGUGGUGUCGGAGGAAGAGCAAGUGGUGGUGUCGGAGGAAGCACAAACAGUGGUGCUGGAGGAAGCGGAGGUGGUGGUGCUGAAGGAAGCACAAAGGGUGGUGCUAUAGGAAGUGCAGGUGGUGGUGUCGAAGGAAGCACAAGUGGUGGUGCUGGAGGAAGCGCAGGGGGUGAUGCUAGAGGAAGCACAAGUGGUGGUGCCGGAGGAAGAGCAAAUAGUGGUGUCCGAGAAAAAGCAACAGGUGGUGCCGGAGGAAAAGCAACAAGUGGUAUCGGAGGAAGCACAGUGAGUGGUGCUGGAAGAGGAUAUAAAACAGGAGAAUUUGGUGGUAAAAGCGGCAAAAUUGGUGGUGCCAGUGGUGAAAUAAGAAGUGGUUCUAGAGGAAGUAUAAGCGGUGGAGUCAGUGGAAAUGUGGGCGGUGGUGUCGGAGGAAGUACACAUGGUGGUGCUGGUGAAAACGCAGGAGGUAGUAUAGUAGGAAAUGCAAAGGGCGAGAUUGGAGGAAGUGUUAAAGUUGGUGCUGAAGGAAAGAUAGAAGGUGGUGUCAGAGGAAGUGCAAGCAUUGGUAUCAAAGGAAGCCUAAAGGGAGGUUUUGGAGGAAGCAUAGGCAGUGGUACCGCAAGAAGUGUAAAAGGAGGUGCUGGAGAAACCGUAGGAGGCGGUGUCAGAGGAAGUGCAAACGGUGGCGCCAUAAGAAGUGCAAAAGGUGGAGCCGAAGGAAGUGCAAGUAUUAGUGCAAAUGGAGGAUUUGGUGGUGGAGGGAGUAUAAGUUGGGGUCUUAAAGGUGGAUUUGGCGGAGGAAUUGGAGGAGCAAGUAGUGCAGGUGGUGGCAUUGGAGCGGGAAAAGAUAUGCACUGA